AUGAGUCUAAUCAAUCCUGGCCUUCAGUUGAAAUGUUCACGACGACAAGUAUGGGUCACCUUGGCCCCAGCUAGAUUUUGCCAUGACACCAUGUUCACCAUCCGCCCCUCAAGCCAAAUUUUUUCAAAAUGUGUUGCCAUGUCAUCAUAUCAAGGCCAAGGUCCCAAGUAUUUCACUCCUGGAGGAGGGCACAGUGCCAGCAGGCGAGGCAGUAGAAGUGGUCAUAUGAGAAGCCGUAUCUCCCGAGGCUGGGAGCAGGAGUUUGGGACCUCCACCCUGAGAUUUCUGCCUGGACCCAGGCCAUCAAAGCACUCACGGAGGGCCAAGGAUCAGUCAGCCAGGAAAAUAGUGGAACAGGCAAAAUUAGGAGAAAGACUGGCAGAAUUCAAAAGUCAUCCAACAAUCUUUCCGGAGCCCCUGUGCCGUCCCUUUCAUGGCAGAGGAUGUUCCUGUAUGCCAUUUAGUGCGGUGAGUGUUACUGUUAUUGUUUUAUAAGUUUUUAUUUG